UACUGAACUGGCGCUUAAGAAAACGACCACUGCAGCAGGCAGGCAGCACCGGAGCUGCGACUGUAACGUGUUCGGGCGAACCAGGUACUCCUCGCUCCUUAGCUAAUUGUAAAUAUAUAUAGUUUACCCAUAAUAAUACAUUUUGGAUAUAGUAAAGUAGCCGUUCACGUGUCGUUAGUGGAAACGUUACGUAGCUUACUCGGCGGAGCGGUGCGGGUUAUUAGCUGAAACAAAGCGGACUCUUAUAACAGUUUUAGCUAGUCCUCGUCUCAGUAACGUUAACCGUUUAUAUUUGUUUUAAAGAGGACACUUUUUUCGGGCUGAUGUUACCCUAACUCAACGGAAACGCCCGUAUAGUAAAAACACAAGAUGGAUCUGCGGUUACUUUUAAUAGCAACGUUAUCAUCGGUCCUCUGUGGCAGCUGGGCACAGCAAGAGGGAAGCAUAUGCAUCAAGGCGAACGCACAGUCAUGUGGGGAAUGCAUCCAGGUGGCCGAGACGUGUGGCUGGUGUGCAGACGAAAACUUCCUCACUGUGGGCGAGUCAAAGUCGGCCCGCUGUGAUGAUCUGGAGUCCCUGAAGAAGAGGAAUUGUGCAGUGACCAAAAUUGAGAACCCACGCGGCAGCAUCAAAAUCGACAAGAACAGCCCCGUCACCAACCGCAAGAAGGACGUGUCUGAGAAACUGAAGCCUGAGCAGAUCACCCAGAUCCAGCCCCAGAAACUCACCCUGACACUCCGAUCUGGUGAGCCCCAGACUUUUGAGCUGAAGUUCAAGCGUGCGGAGGACUACCCCAUCGACCUGUAUUACCUCAUGGACCUCUCUUUCUCCAUGAAAGAUGAUUUGGAAAACGUCAAGAACCUUGGCACUGACCUCAUGAGGGAAAUGCAGGAGAUUACCUCAGAUUUCAGGAUCGGUUUUGGCUCCUUUGUGGAGAAGACGGUCAUGCCUUACAUCAGCACCACGCCAGCUAGGCUGAUCAAUCCGUGCACAGGGAACCAGAACUGCACCAGUCCCUUCAGCUAUAAGAACGUCUUGAAGCUGACCGACAAGGGGGACGAGUUCAACCGCUUGGUCAGUCAGCAGCAGAUCUCAGGGAACCUGGACUCUCCAGAGGGCGGCUUUGAUGCCAUCAUGCAGGUGGCCGUCUGUGAGAACCAAAUAGGCUGGAGGAACGUGACUCGUCUGCUGGUGUUUUCCACUGAUGCUGGUUUCCACUUUGCUGGAGACGGCAAACUGGGCGGCAUCGUGCUGCCCAACGAUGGGAGGUGUCACCUGGAGAACAACAUGUACACCAUGAGCCACUACUAUGACUACCCCUCCAUCGCCCAUUUGGUUCAGAAACUGAGCGAUAACAACAUCCAGACCAUCUUUGCCGUCACUGAAGAGUUCCAGCCUGUUUACAAGGAGCUGAAAAAUCUCAUUCCUAAAUCAGCUGUUGGCACGCUGUCCUCAAACUCCAGCAACGUGAUCAAACUCAUUAUUGAUGCUUACAAUUCUUUGUCGUCUGAGGUCAUUCUGGAGAACAACAGGCUGCCAGAGGGAGUCUCCAUCACCUACAAGUCCAUCUGUAAGAACGGUGUGGAGGGAACGGGGGAGAACGGCAGGAAGUGCUCCAACAUCUCCAUCGGAGACGAGGUGUCUUUCAAGAUUUCCAUUGAAUCCCAGAAGUGUCCGUCGAUUGGCAAGACUGAAGUCAUUAAAAUCAAACCGCAGGGCUUCACCGAGGAGGUGCAGAUAGUUCUGAACUUCAUCUGCGACUGUCAAUGCGCCGCAAAAGGAGAGCCCAACAGCACCAAGUGCUACGAGGGCAACGGGACCUUCGAGUGCGGAGCCUGCAAGUGUAAUGAAGGGCGUAUCGGGCGUCUUUGCGAGUGCAGCAAAGACGAAGUGCGGACAGAGGACCUGGAUGCCAAUUGCCGCAAAGACAACGGUACAGAUAUCUGCAGCAACAACGGCGACUGCGUCUGUGGCACCUGCGAAUGCAAGAAGCGGGAGAAUCCUGCAGAGGUCUACAGUGGCAAGUACUGCGAAUGUGACAACUUCAACUGUGACCGCUCCAACAACAAGCUCUGCGGAGGACAUGGGCGCUGUGAGUGCAGGAAGUGCGUCUGUGAUGCCAACUACACUGGCAGCGCCUGCGACUGCUCCCUGGAGACGGCCACCUGCCUCGCCAAGAACGGGCAGAUCUGUAACGGCCGCGGUACCUGUGAGUGCGGCCUCUGCAAAUGCACCAACCCCAAAUUCCAGGGUCCAACCUGCGAGAUCUGUCCCACCUGCCCUGGGGUCUGCGCUGAGCACAAAGACUGUGUGCAGUGCCGAGCGUUCGAGGCCGGUGAGAAGAAGGACACGUGCGAGAGGGACUGCAGCUACUUCCAGCUGAUCAAGGUGAAGGAUCGCAACAGCCUACCCCAGCCUACAGACCAGAGCUUCCCCCUGACUCACUGCAAAGAGCGAGACGCCAACGACUGCUGGUUCUACUACACCUACGCCAUCCGGAAUGACACCAAGGAGGUCUACGUGAUGGAGCAGCUGGAUUGCCCAGCGGGACCUGACAUUAUCCCCAUCGUGGCGGGCGUGGUAGCAGGCAUCGUGCUGAUCGGCCUCGCCCUGCUGCUCAUCUGGAAGCUGCUCAUGAUCAUCCACGACCGCCGCGAGUUCGCCAAGUUCGAGAAGGAGAAGAUGAACGCCAAGUGGGACACGGGCGAGAACCCCAUCUACAAAAGUGCCGUAACAACUGUCGUCAAUCCAAAGUACGAGGGCAAAUGAUGGAGCUUUGCCUUCCUUGUGACAACACUGUAUGGAAAAGAAUAUGGGGGGGGGGGAAGGGAGGG